GUAUGUCGUAGUAUUUGACACACUUAUAAAGUCAUAAAUGACAGUUACGCCAUUGCGAAGAAUUUGAAUAAAUAAAAACAAUAUAAAUGUGUUUAUUAGUGUAAAAUAUCGUGUAUUAAUUAUUGGUUAAUGGUUUAUAUGUAACGUCAAAUAGAAUGCCUGCAUCGAUAGGCGUAAAUUUGCGUGUCACUGGGCACUGCCGCCAAGGGGGAAGAAAAUAUAUGGAAGACUUCUUUUCUGUGGCAUAUCAACAAACAGAGGAUGAAAAAGAUUUGGAAUACGCAUUUUUUGGUAUAUACGAUGGACACGGUGGUGCAGAAGCUGCUGCCUUUGCCAAAGAACAUCUCAUGGAAACUAUUAUAAAACAUAAAAACUUUUGGUCCGACUAUGAUGAAGAUGUGCUUCGUGCUAUCAAAGAUGGUUACAUUGCUACACACUAUGCUAUGUGGAAAGAACAAGAAAAAUGGCCUCGUACUGCAUCCGGUUUACCUAGUACUGCUGGGACUACUGCAAGUGUAGCUUUUAUUAGACGAGGAAAAAUUUAUAUUGGACACGUUGGAGAUUCAGGGAUAAUACUUGGUUAUCAGGAACCGGGAAGCUUGGAAUGGAAGGCAAAGCCUCUUACGAGGGACCACAAGCCUGAAAAUGUGGAGGAAAUGUCUCGCAUUGAACAAUGUGGUGGAAAAGUUGUAGCGAAAUCUGGCGUUCCACGGGUGGUAUGGAACAGGCCCAAAAUUGGCCACCAGGGCCCCGUCCGGCGUUCCACCCCUAUCGACGAGAUCCCCUUCCUAGCGGUUGCCCGCAGCCUGGGCGACCUGUGGUCGUACAACUCCCAAAUAAACCAGUUCAUCGUUUCGCCGGAUCCCGACUGUUCCGUGCUGAAAAUUGACACCAACGUCCACCGAUGUCUAAUCUUCGGCACUGACGGCCUGUACAAUAUGCUGAGCCCGAUGAUGGCGGUGCACAUUGUACAGCAGGCGGAACGGCACAACGAGAACGCCGCUCUCAGCGACUCUACUUACAAGACUUGGCUGAACCCCAGCAAGUUGUUGGUGGAGAGGGCUUUGGAGAGGUGGCACGCCACCAAGAUGCGCGCCGAUAACACUUCGGUGGUGACGCUGAUGCUGGAUCCGCCCGGACCCCCGCGGGCCCAGGUGCUCAAGGACAGGAAGAAGAAUUUACCAGAAAGGGGUCUAAGAAUAAUGACCCGAUUCGACGGCAAUAAUCCUCAGGAAAAUAACCCUAACAAUUGUGAUAAUCUCCCGUUAGAAGACACCAGUGGAGAACCUGCUCAAACGGUCUUGGAACGCGUUCCGGAACCGAUACUAGCUGCGCCGGAACUCAUAGAACCGCCUUCGAGUAACAUCGGCAACACCUCAAAGGAAGAGAACGCAGCGGAGUGCUCAACAAGCAUCCCGGAAAGCACCCCGGUUUCCUCAAGUGACCUUACCUCAAGCUUUCCUCUGAAGGAGAGGAAUUUUUUACCAAAAACCAGGGAGAGCACCAGUUUCGACCCAAGGGAGCCCGUGACAAGGCCUAGUAGCAGCAUAGCGGAUAAUGGGAAAGAAAACUUGAAGGCGUCUCAGAGCACGGACGAUAACAUCCAGUGUAACGAGAUCUCUUCGAGUAAUAUCGAGGCCGACAGUACCUGCGAGGACGAGGCGGUGAUGGAUAGUACAAGCAAAAUAAGCAGACGCAACCUGAGAAGUGCAAAAACGGGAAAGAAUGAGAGUAAAUCUGAUGAGAAUGGAAGUAGUCCGAAGACCGCGAAGAGGAAGCUAGAGGCUGACAAAAGUCCCGUCCAGCCAAGGAAGAGCAUGCGGAUAGAUCACAACCAGAGAAAAGCGGUUGAAACCGUAGAAAAGGAAAGGAGAGCCUUCGAAGCCGAGGAAAAACUGAAAAGACUGGCAGAAAAGGCUGAUCUCGCUAGAAAAACUAAUACAAAUUUACCUCAGAAGCUAAGUCUUGCUCAAAAGAUACUGAAAAGCAAAAAUAUCAACCUGAAGAAGAAAAAUUUGGUGAAGAAACCAAUAACGAAGAAGAAGAUACAGAUGGUCCUGGAAACGAUGACGAGAACUACCACGGCUCACAAAGCGUCCUCGAGCAGUUCAAGAGACGAGCUGACCGUUGUCAGAGAGAGUACAAGUAUAGAGAAAAAAACGGGCAAACUUCGUGAUAAGAUCAUAACGACCAAAAUCAGUCGUUUCCGAAGGCAUUCGAAGAAGAAUGUGUCGCAACGCCAAAGAAACGCGAAGAGUCUGCCUAAGUCAGACGAGAAACUUAGCGAUAUUCAAAGGACCAAUAAAGUAUCUAAUGAUAGAAAAGAUGGCAAAGAUAAUACUUCGAGCAAGCCCAAGAACAAGGCAUUUGUUCAGAAUAUGGUUAUUCCAAAGAAGAAUUCGAAGAGUAGUUCAAAUUCGGCGGGACAGGACCAGUCGAGAAGUUUACGAAGUAGUACAAAUAGGAUAGAAGACACAAAGGAAAGCGAGUCGAACAUAUCGGUGAAACCACCACCACAAAUGCCAAAAAUGAAGGAAUCGGUCAAAGUUAAAACCCUGCGGAAGAAAAUUCAGCAAAAAACGGAGAGCCUUCGGAGAAACGUACUACGUUCUAAGAGUAAGUAAUGAACUCCUCGACAGGAGUGUUGUAGAAAAAAGAAAAAAUAUUUUUAUUGUAUAGUUUUUAUAGAUUAUAUAAAUAUUUUCCAAAAAAACUUAUAAAAGAAAAAA